AAUCGCGAUUCAACUUCCCCAACUCUGAAUAUCCAUCUUAACUUACUGAAAAUCCGAGUUUUGCUUUAUAAUCCGAGACUCGGGAGUUAAAUAUCGGCGAAUUCCGAGCUAGGUAAAGGUAAUUUCUCUCGAAAUUUUUUCGGAUUCCAUUAGUUUUCUGCAAUUUCUAUUCCGGUUCGAUAUUUUUUCGGAACAAUGGUUCGAGACUUGGAUUUGGGCAAAAGGACCGUUGCUUCUGAAGAAGAGGAAGCUGAGGUGUCUCAAGUUCCACCUCUAGGUGGUCGGCGCAAUCAGCCACUUGGGCGGAUGCCACCUCUUAGCCACGUCGAUACGCUUCCCAGAAUGGAGGAGAGGGAACCGACAGGUGAAUCUCCGAUUCCAGCUGUACCCUUGGCCUCUGUGCCGUACAGGGAGUGGUAAGAGCCUACUACCUCUGGAAGUGGCUCUACACAUGGGCCUCAGCGUCUGCCGGAGGGUGCCGAAGAAUGGGACAGCCCUACUGAGAAUUUGGGGAUUGUGUCUGUUGCCCCGUACAAGUGGUGGAUUGCGGAGAGCGUUCGGCAUCGUUUCGCCGAGCAAAUCGAAAUUUUCUAUGGUAUUUAUGAAGAGGAUGGGUACUGGUGUCAAAUGCCAGUUUCCGAAGAUAGAAUCCACAAACCUCCGCCCGGGUAUACUGGAGUAUACACCAGGCAACUGCAGUCUGGGCUGAGAUUUCCUCUCCACCCCUUUGUGACCGAAGUUUUGAAUGCAUACGACAUCUCGUUGUGCCAGCUAACCCCGGUCAGCAUUCGAAAGGUUAUAACAUUCUUGUGGGUUGCCCUUUUUUUUGGGUUUAACCCUAGCAUUCACGUGUUUCCACGAUUACACAAUCUGGUACAGAACAAACAAUCUAAUGAACAACACGGUCCUGGAUGGUGGCGAAUCUAAUCCUGAAGAGGGAUUUUGACCACUUGGUCGAAUGACACCUCCAACAAAGAUUGGAGGGGUUAGUGGAUUUGGGUGAGGGCUCCGUAUGAAGAAAAUCAUCCAAACCAUUUUGGGGGGCCUAGCCAUUUGAGAUGGCCUGACAAAAAGAUGUCUGCUAUCGGUCCUGAUGAAUUCUGGGCCGAAGAUAUGCAACUGCUAAAGCUCUUUGACAAAGUGAAAACGGGAAGACGAGGCUGAGAAUUUCAUAUGCCGAAGACUUGGCUAUCCUGCUACCAUUAUAUCUUCCAGGAGAAGAUAUUAGCUGUUGUCGGCCUUAGCCGAAAGUACCAAGGCGGUAAGAAUCUCAGUUGGGACCGAAAACUCGUACUUGUCUUUUUGUUGUUACUGUUUUUUUUCCUCUUUUUUUUGACACUUUGCUAUUUGAGUUUUCACUACUGCAUGAGACAAACUGCGGCCUGAACUAUAGACAGUUGGGAAUCACCGCCGAGAGAAAAGUGACGAAGAGAAAUCCUCAGAUCACUCCACCUUCUGAGAGAGCCCCUUCGUUGCGCGUGUCUCAUCUUGACAUAGUCAGUAAAACUGAAUACUCCAAGCAGAAGCCUUGGUACUUGAAGCGUGACCCAUUUUUCCCUUUGGGUCCUGAAGAGCAAGUUGUUGUUGCUGCUGCUGCUCUGAAAGCCGGCGUUUCUAUGGCUAGCCCCGAGAUCGAAAACAAGAUCAACUCCGAAAAGGAAAACUUGCUGAAAACUUCGGCUGACGAAUCUUCGUCUGAUCCUUCUUUUUCUGACGAAGAAGACGAAAAAAUGGCUAGGAAGAGAAAGACCAGGGCCGUUGUCAAUCCGGGUCAAAUUCCCUUAGAGGAGUACUCUCCAUCGCCGAAACGGUUUCGGCAAGACGAAGUUUCGGCCGAAAUUAUCAGGGAGAAAACUCUAGUUCCUUAUGCUGCUCGGGACCAAGAGGAAGACGAUCAGCAGAAAAUUCUUUCUCCUAAUGCCUUGUCUUCCUCAACGCUGAUGCCUUCAUCAUACAUGUUGAGGACGACAAUGUAUUUAUUCUAGAAGAUAGGCCGGAAGGUUUCAAGGAAGCCGAAGAGCGUGCCGAGGAGUCUCAACAGGUAGAUGUGCAUUAUGCUUCUGCUGCAAACUCGAUCAAGACCUUUCGGUCUAAUGAGAUGGGGUUUGAGUCUGCCCCGCUUGUGAUUGUCCCUAAUGCUGUGAGGGACAGUUUGAUGGAGAGCCGGAACUCGGCCGUUGAAUUUUUUGGGGAUUUAUCUGGCCACUUCGAGCUAGAGAAAGCCAAGAUCUAGUCAACCUAGGCUGCCGCUGGAGCGUUCGAACCAUUUGUAAGAGUGCCAGACCCCAUUGCCAAUAAUUUUAAACUAUUGAUGCAGGUAACUUGCUCUGACCGCUUUUGUUCAAAUUUUUCCUGUAUUUUCUUUCGGCCAUCUUUUUUAAGUCUUUUCUAUUAGUUGACUUUGUUUAAAAAGGAAAAAAAAGAAAGUGAACUUCAAAGGAAACAAAGAGCAACGAGAAAGAAAAUAAUUGUUUAAUGUUCGAAUGUUCUAAGUGAAGGUUGUUCAAAAGAGAAAAAUUAAGUUUCAAGUAAAAGGAAAAAAAAUCAAGUGU